UGCCAAUCUUUCUAAUGUUGGAUUUUAAAACAGAUUGAUUGGAACCUUGAUCGAACCCAGUUGUUGCUUCAAGAUUCCUGGUUUUAGACUCUUGAUCAAUCUCAGUCACAUAGAAGCAUUCAGAUUUUGUACGUGUAGCCGUGUUAUUAAUUAAAUUACAGUGUUUCGAUGCUUGAUUUUGAAGGCCUGCAAAUAUAGUCAUAUUUUGACUCUGAACUUAGUACUUAUCCUGUUUGUAAUGAAGCUUACUCCCAUUAUGCAUCUGUUCAGAAAGAAGAUAUGAGCCUGCUAUGGCCUUCUCAAAAGUAAGAUUUGUUCUUAAUCGAUCUCGAUCGAUGUCUUCUUGAGUCAAGAGUUGGCCUAUAUCUCUUAUUCUUUAAAUAUUUUCGAAGUUGCUCUGCUUUGUUUAAAGUUAGUAAGGUCGAUAACUUGACGGUAUGCUCUAAGUGUGGGUAAUCUCUCCACUUAGAAACAAGUUCAAGAUCGAAGGCACAUCUAUCAAGCUCAUUUGAGUCUCUAAGGAAUUGAAGGGUUUCUUCAACAUAAAAUUGAUUAAAUAGAUGCUCUCUGUUUGUGGGUAUUUUCAUUAUUUUUGGCUUAAAGUUUGGGCAGCAACUGCUCCACUAAUAAAUACAGUGACGAAGUGUCCAUGAACACUCGUUCAAAUUUGUUUGGCGAGGAAUCAAAGUCUCAGUGCAAAGAAAGUUGACUCUCAAUCAGGGUGUGCGACCCAAUUGAGGUGUAAGAUAAGCAUGACUGAAACAAAUGUUUCGGUGAAAUAUCAUCUGGACACUAAAGCACUUUGGGCAAAUAUUUUAUCUACUCUGACUCUCAUACUUUGGCAAACAUUUUUGUGGAGUCACUUAAUUAUUUGAUAUGAGGAGUUUUCACUGGAGCAACCUCUUUGGAAGAUGAUUGUAUGAGUGUUCAAACAAGCCACUGAAUAUCUCAGCAAAGUAUGACUUGAUAUCUUGGAAUUUCAAUGAAAAAUAGUCGAUUAG